AUGCCAAGAAGAUCCACACCCAUCCCUAUCCCCAAAAAUAAAAAUAACAAAUACAACUACGGCUCAGUAGAAAAAGAAAGAAAUGAACAGCCUAAUAAAACAACAAUUCGAGGUAUAAAUGAUGCCUAUUUAGAUCUAAAAGCAGACGAAAUAGAAGAUUAUCCUACUUUUAGUUAUAUCCCCUCCCGAGAAGGAAGAACAAAAAAAUUUAUAAAACGCAUGAUAAAAUCAAAGCUACUAUAUUGUGGUAUUCUUAUAGCACUUGUUACAGCUGUUAUCUUAAGAUACACAGUUCUAGAGAGCAAAAACAAAAACACUCUCAAUAAAACAGCUGGCCGAUAA